AUGUUUCAAGUCUCCGCCGAGGCUUGCCGUGGCUCCGCCGAGGCUUGCCGUGGCUCCGCCGAGGCUUGCCGUGGCUCCGCCGAGGCUUGCCGUGGCUCCGCCGAGCCUUCGCUGGGCGUCCCCGACUAUCCAACAACCUUGCUAGACCCCGUAGUUACUUACUACAACCUUUUUUUGUGUAUCCACCUGCCUUACGCCUCGUAUCGUUCGAUUUUGUGUUGA